AUGCAUACUCUUACUGAUGAACGAUUAUCACCUCUCAAAUUUCCAUCAAUUUAAUAAAUCAAUAAGACUAUUUAAGGUGAAGAUGGAACAGUAAAUAUUAAUUACAUUAAUCAAAAAGGUUUUUGAGAUGCGAUAAUUGAUGAGUCGAGCCAAUAUGUGUACAAGUAAUAAGACUGUUAGAACAUUAUAGAAAAUUACUAAUGAAUAAAGUGAAAGAAAGGAUUUGUAAUUAUUGUAGUAAUGGACAGAUGUAAUAUACAUAAAUAAUAAGUAUAGUCAAUGGUGUAAUAAAUUUAACAACAAAAUUUUUAUAGUAUUACAGAGUUUUAUGAUAAGAUAGAACUCAUUUAUUCUGGAUCUAUAGGUUAACUUUGUCAACAACUUUCUGUAAAGUGCAAUGAUUAUUCUUAAUUAAUUGAUAAAAUAUGGAUGUAAUUCACUGGAAUUGUGAAGGAGAUAAUUGAAAAAUAAUCACGGACUAAUAGAAUAUUGGAAAAGGAAAGUUUAACAAAUACAAUAAAAAUACAUGAAAGAUAUUAAAAUUAAAUGAGUGAGAAAUUACAAAGAUUAAAUGAAGCUGAAAAAUAAUUGAAGAGGAAUGUUGAAUAUGCAGAGAAAAUGAAUAAAGAAAAUCGUUAUCUUAGGAAAAAGACUUGUAAAUUGUCAACUGAACUUAGUAGUUAUAAUAAUGAUAUUGAAUUACUUAAAUUAUAAUUGUAAGAUUUAAGUAAAGAGAAUGAAACUCUUAAAUUAUUUUAAUAAGUUAGACAUUAAAAUGAAUAAUAACAUUUCACAGCUGAUUUUGAAGAAGAACUCUAUAAAGCUAAAAAAGAGAUAUUUGAUGAUUUUAAGUUAGUUUUUGAAGAACAGACUAAAAAGUUUGAAGAAGCUUAUUAAAAUAAAAUAUAAGAUUUAGAAAGGGGUUAAGAUGAUAAAGCUUAGAAAGAUGAAAAUUUAAUUGAAGAAUAUGAAGAAAUCUUAUUUAAAGAUAAAUGUGUUGGAAAUACUGUUGAGUUCAGUGAAAUAUAAGUGGAUACAAGCGAGUAAUAUAUUCAAUAAUAAAAGCUUGAUUAUUAAAUCAGAAAUGUUCACUUAAACUGUCAAUUAAAAGAGAAGAACCUAUGAUUGUGCAAAUUAGACUAUGCCAAUACAAAGUAAUAAUUAAGCCUGUGAAGCUAAUUAUGCUCUCAUCAAAAGAGAAUGUAUACCUAGAAAUAAAGAAGAAUAAACAUAUUUAGAAAUGUCUAAAUAUCCAAUCAAAACAUUUACUGAUGAUUACUAUCAAUUGUAUAUAGAAAGAGUUGAAAUUGAGAAAAAGUCAUUUCCCAGUAUUUUAGAUAGCAUCUUAGAUAAAUUGAAAACUAGAUCUCUCCAAAUAUUCAGUGUCAUGUCAAUGAAAGAAGAAUUGUUUUAAGAAGACUUUCGUGAGGCUGAUAAAUAUUUCUAAAACUCUUAUUCGGUAUUUCUGUUAUUGGUAAAUGAUUUCUAAGAUAUUAUCAAAAAAUUGAAAGAGGAAUUGAUAACUCGAAAAAUAUAAAUCUUUGAGACUUAAAUUGAUUGUAAAUAAGCCAAUAGAUAAAAGAUAUAAACUUAGAAGAGAUUUGAUCUCUUGGCAUCCAAAUAUUAAUAAUAAGUAAAGAAUUUCAAUUUCAUCUCUAAAUAACUUAAAGCUGUCUCUCGAUUUUUACCAUAAUAUUAAUAAGAUUAAAUUAGAAGAAAAGCUAUUCGUCAUAAAAUUAAUUUUGAAUUUCCAAAAGGUAUUUCACCAACUCCUAUGUUAAUAAGUACAAACAAUUUAAAUCCUCCUUCUAUUCCUUAAAAUUUCAUGAAUAGUUCUACAUCUCUCUUACAUCCUUAAUAAACUCAACCAGCUUUGUCUAUCAAUCCUAAGAAUUCUUUGGGGUACUUUCCACCCAUGACUCCACUAGAACCCUUUCAAGAUAGUAGUAACCCAUAAAGAACUUCUAUGGUAGAACUCAGUUGUGAUUCUCCUGAUGGUCCAGAAGCAUUCUCACCUUCCAAACCUAUCAUAGCAUUAAAUUGUAAAAUCUCUUAAUAUUAAAUAUAGUCUUCCCAGACAAUAAAUUUGAAGAAUCAUAAAGUUCUUCAGAUGAAGAAGUUGAUUUAUCUGAAUGUUUGAAUCCAGUGAAGAAUCUAUUAUCAAUAGAGAAGAAGUUAUUUGUGAGUAGAUGUAGUAGUAAGAACACUUAAUUGGCCACUUAAACCUUAUUACAAGAAAUACAAUAAUUUCGACGAGACAAAUUAGAUAAUAUUGUCACAUAAAAUACGUUGAUCAAAAUCUUAUCUAAUUUUGUAUAAUGGUGUCUUAAAUUCAAUAAAUUAAAUUAUCCAUUACAUGUUUAAUUGUAUGAGUACUUUUCAAAUGAGAAUCAAUCUCAACCUUAAAAUGUUUGGUUGGGAAAAGUAGCCAGAGUUAUAAAAUCUGUAAUAUAUUAUAAGAGAAGAAGUGAGACAGCAAGACUAUUUCAUUCAAUGUUAGUUGGAGAUGUAUUAAGAUAUAAUAAAAUUAGUUAAGUUUUCAAAUAUAUUUGUAAAUUUUGAGUAAUUUACAAAGUGCCACAUUUACAGAUACUGGCAUUUAAGUUCUUCAAUCUUAAUUAGCAGAUUAUAUUAAAGGAAUGCAAAAGUUGCCUCAAUAUGUAGAUUAUGAUGCAGAAAUAUCACAUCAUUUGGGACCUAUGCAAGAUAUUAAGAAUCAGGAAUUAUUAUUAAAAUAUUCUACAAUACUAUAGAUUUUUGCAGAGGAUGGUGAACGGUUGACUCAGAAUCAAUUCAGAUUGUUACUAUUGGAAUUGGAGAAUAAGAGAGAUGAAUAAUAGAUAAUAAAUAUGUUUAACAAUGAAUGUGAUAUAGAAUAAUAAUAAGUUCAGUAUAUUUCGUUUUAGAGGUUUGCAAUAAUUUGUGAAGAACUCUAAUUACUUUAAGGGUUGGAUGAAUACUUAAUUAGAAAUGAUGUUUAGUAUUUUAAAGAUAUUGAUAUGUGGAGAGUAAGAGAGAUUGAAUUAAAGUUAAUGUUAAUUCGAAGUCAUAAUUAUGAUGCAUCUGAAAGAGAUUUAUUUACAAGAAUGUAUAAAAUGCAUUAGCCACAAUAAAGAAUUAUUUUGGGACGAUAUUUAGAAAGAAGAGCAAAGGAAUUACUAUUAUAAAGAUAUACUUUAGAGUGUUUGGCACCAUUUAUGUAACUUUUCGAAUAAUAAUGA